GUUAAAAGAAGAAGAACAGGAAAGGAAAAAAGCGGAAGAGAAAGCCAGAAGAGAGGUGAUUUUUCAGCAGUACCUCCAGAAGAAACAAGAAGAUGAGGAGGCACCAGCAGCAAAACCUCGUUCCAAGAAGCGAGAUGGAAGUGCCAACAGCAAACAGCGACCAAAGUCCAUGUUUGUCAAAUCCAAAGCUAUGACUCCAGAACCAG